UCAAAAAAAUGGAAACAAACAACUCUGAUGACAAAAACGUUUAUGCUGUAGUUGAAUUUGCAUCAAGUGAAUUCGCUGAUAAAAAAGAUGUAGACCUUGUACCGUCAAAAUGGAUUCAAGAAGAAGAUGGUGAAUUACUCUGCCAAUAUCCACCUGUUAACGAUUAUCAUAAGCUUGACAAGUAUACUCAAGAGUUACGUGACGCAAAAAGAGAUUGGGCAAAAUAUUCAGUUAAAAUUUUGACAUACGCCGAUACCUAUGCAAAAGGAAAAAAACGUUUAAAACGUGCAUAUACAACAACUGACGUCAGAAGCACCGAUGACGAACAUCAGCAGCAGAAUGAAAUCAUCAAACCAACGAUAAUUUCUGCGAAGUCAGUCAGUAAUGAAUUAAAUUCAAUAUCGGCUAUGGGAGAAUAUCCUUCUAUUUCUACUAAUGGGGAAAAUUUACAAAAAGAAAAAACGAUACCAGUUGAUAAAUUACGACCAGCUCCUGAAGUCAAUGAAGCAUUUGAUUUUGAAUCCUUGAAAGAGUUUAUUAAUACAAAAAUACAAGAGCAGAAUAUGUUAAUUCACCGUUACUUAACGAAUGAAAAGAAAAGCCUCCAAUACGAUAUAAAAAAAUAUUUUGACGAAAUUAAAAACACGUUGGUGGUCAAUAAAGUACCGUCAGAUUCUCAUCAAAGCGUAUCUAGUGCGAUUGAGGAAUUAGGUGUGACACUUCCGUUCAAGGAGCUGGAAGAUUUUCAAGCUUUCGAUGCUACUUUAAAAAGCACCGCAUCAAAAAAAAAGAUUGGCUGGCAUUAUUUAGAGUUAAAACGUAUGGAGAAGACAAAGCCAAUAGAUGUGUUAGUAAGAUGGGAUCUGCUAUACUAACAAAAAAUGUUGAAAAAUAUUAUUCAGGCACGGGAAAAGUUUCCAAAGGUGUUGGAAAACUCAAUUUCAGUGACACUGAAACUUAUGCAUGCAUGAAAGACACUGUAACUGAAAAAUUUGGUGACUCCGAAGAAUGCAAGAAUUUUGCUGGAAAAGUAGGAAGAUGGCUUUCUGGACACGGUGACCGAGAACAUGGGCGUAAAG